AUGAACUCGACGGCGGCGAUUUCUCUGGCGAGCGUCUCCGCCUCUUUCAAGGACACGGUGGUGCUGCAGUGGCAGCAGACCGCCUGGUGGCAGAUCGUGCUUGCCCUCAUCGUCAUCGGGUUGACCUACGACCAGGUGAUGUACCAGAUCCGCAAGGGCCUGAUCGCCGGGCCCAGCAUCAAGUUCUGGCCGAUUAUCGGUCCCUUCUUGGAGUCGCUCGACCCUAAGUUCGAAGAGUACUUGGCCAAGUGGAACUCGGGCAAGCUCUCGUGCGUGCUGAUCUUCCACAAGUUCGUGAUUAUCGCUUCUGACAGAGACUUGCUGCGUAAGAUUUUGGGCGCCCACAAGUACGUCAAGCCCUGUGUCGUCGACGUCGCCACCAAGAUCUUGCGUCCCGAGAACUGGGUGUUCUUGGAUGGCAAGGCCCACUCCGAUUACCGUAAGGGGUUGAACGGGUUGUUCCGCCAACAAGCGCUCGAAAUUUACAUCCCCACCAUCGAAGACAUCGUCGACAAGUACCUUGUUGAAUUCCAAGCCAAGAAGGAACCGGAGAAGUUCUUCCCCCACUUCCGUGAGUUCCUCUGCGCCAUCUCGUUGCGUACCUUCUGCGGUGACUACAUUGACGACUCGCAAGUGGCCAUGGUCGCUGACAACUACUACCGGGUUACUGCCGCGUUGGAGUUGGUCAACUUCCCCAUCAUUUUGCCCUACACCAAGACCUGGUACGGGAAGAAGAUCGCCGACGACACCAUGAAGAUCUUUGAAGCCUGUGCCGCCAAGUCAAAGAAGUACAUUGAAGCCGGUGGUGAACCUAAGUGUGUCAUGGACGAAUGGGUGUAUCUUAUGAAGCGAGCCCGUGAAGGUAAGGCCGAAAACGCCGACGACGCCGUGUUGGUGAGAGAGUUCUCCAACAAGGAAAUCUCGGAAGCCAUCUUCACCUUCUUGUUUGCCUCGCAAGACGCGUCGUCGUCGUUGGCGUGCUGGGUGUUCCAAAUUGUUGCUGACAGACCUGACGUGCAACAGAAGAUCAGAGAAGAACAAUUGCGCGUGAGAGACGGCGACGCCACCAAGCGUUUGACGUUGGACAUGAUCAACUCGAUGGACUACACCAACAAGGUGAUUAGAGAAACCCUUAGAUACCGUCCCCCCGUGAUCAUGGUCCCCUACGUGUGCAAGCAAGACUUCCCCAUCACCCUGGAAUACACCGCGCCUAAGGGGUCGAUGCUUAUCCCCUCGCUCUACCCGGCGUUGCACGACCCUGAAGUAUACCCUCAACCCGAUGAAUUUAUCCCCGAGAGAUGGGACAACCCCACCCUGGAGAUGACGGUGAGAAACUGGUUGCCCUUCGGCACCGGCCCCCACGUGUGCUUGGGCAAGAACUACGUGCUCAUGUUGUUCACGGCCAUGGUGGGUAAGAUGGUGUUGUUCUCCGACAUCAACCACCACAAGACGCCGUUGUCGGAAGACAUCAAGGUGUUCGCCACCAUUUUCCCCAAAGACGACUUAAUCUUGGACUGGGUUCCUAGACAACCGACGGCGUAA